AUGUUAGACUUUCUAGGUUUCUGGGGCAAGCUUGUCCUGGCUGUCGCCGUCCUGACUGGUUUAGGCUGGUGGGGCUACCAAUUUUUCAUCGAAUGGAGAGACUCUACGCAGAAAAUGAUGGGCAAAUGGGUGCAGUACAACCUGCACGUGCUUACAUUUAAAAAACGUUAUACCAAAGACUUCAACAAAUCACUUGCCAAUGAGAGUGCUAUGUACCGUACUGUCUUUGAGAACCAAGCCGCCCCAGAACUGAGAAAGCUGGGAUCUACACCCAUGGGUGGUGGCAAGACCAUGGCUGAUGUACUGGGUCCGGCUGCCAAUGAUCCUGAGCCCUAUAUCUCAGUCAUCCGUGAAAUCAUCGAGAAUGGAAAU